ACGCAUCACCACUUCCCGACGUCCCCGUACUUGUGCUGCCUGCCAUCUCUAUCUCCAAACUCCUAUCCGCCCUUCACCGGUUUUGCCCAACCCAAAAGAAGGAGCGGAGCUGCACAAGCGGCGGGGAGAGGCGGAACCGCAGCCCGCGGAGGAGGGUAGGGGCCCGACUGAUGCGCUUCCAUGGCCGCCCGCGCUCUGGGCCCGCCUCCUCCUCUCGGUAGCAUGUGGGGGGCCCCGCGAGCCGCCGCCGGCUCCACCGCCACCGAGGUCUCCGCUGCGGCCGCUCACGCCUCACGACGCGGCGGGGCCGCGGUCAGUUCGGUACUGUCCGGCCUCCGGGGAAGGCAUUCUUUGUGCUCGGUGCAAUUCAUGGAUGUUCUUAGAACCAAUCUUCAAGUGGAGGCGAACUUUGCUCUUUCCCCAAAGGCAUCGAUGUCUAAUGGGAGUGAUGAUUCAACCAUAACCUGUAAAGGAUUCUGUACAAUAUCGUGGAACCUGAAAGCAGAUGUGCAAGAUGGUUAUCUAAUAUUUGUAACAGGAGACCCUGUUACCCUGGGCUGUUGGGAAUCCGGCAUGGCUGUUCAGUUGGCUCCUUCUGUUGAAAGCAAUAAUGUAUGGACAGCUGAAAUAAAGGUACCAUAUGGGGUGCAUCUCAAAUAUAAUUAUUUUGUUCGAGAAGAAAAAGGUUCCUCUUCUGAUAUUAUAUGGAGGCCAGGUCCAGAGUACUCCUUAUCAAUACCUUCAGUUGGCCGGAAAAAGCAUGUCAUUUUUGUGAAAGAUCUGUGGAUGAAAACCAGUGUGGCAGGUCUUCCUUCUCCUUCCUGGGGAUCAUGGCUGAUGGAAGCUGGUUCUCUUGAAAGUCAAUUUGUUGAGGGUGGGAAGCAUCAGAGCACUGUGAAAGUUCACUCUGCGAGGGAUGCAAUGGAUCGAGCUUUAUCUGUAGGUGAGCAUAUUAUAUUUAAACAUGGGAAUGGCACUCCUUUACAUGCAAAACUAUUGUUGGAGAAUCCAUCUACCAGCAUGCACAAUCAUGUUACUGUAAUCGACAAACCAAAUGCCAGUAAUAUAAGCCAACAUGGAAGGUACCAAGUUGUAGAGGAGCCAUGGAUUCUUGAAUCUGUUGUCGCUGCAAAGAAACCAGUUGCCCGAGUCAAAGAUAAGAAAGACAAAAAGAAGUUUGUAAAUAAUAAGCACGAUGGAUUAAGUAAAAACAUGCCUCAAGAGGAUCAACCUGUGGAGGAGCCAUGGUUAUUUCAGUCUAUGGUGGAAGCAAAGGAAGCUAUUGUGCAUGCUGAUGGAAAAAUAGAAGCAAAAGAUAUUAUCAGAAAGCUAAGGAAAAUAGAAAAAACUCCAGCACCUUUGGAUGAGAAUAGUCCCACUAGUGGUGAACCUUCAUCAAGAGUCAUACUUAUUAACUCCUCUGUCUGCACUAUGCAGAGAAUCGCAGUAUUAGAAGAUGGGAAACUAGUUGAACUCUUGCUGGAACCCAUCAAGAACAAUGUACAGUGUGAUAAUAUUUAUUUAGGUAUAGUAACAAAACUCGUGCCUCAUAUGGGAGGAGCAUUUGUAGAUAUUGGGAUUUCAAGGCCUUCACUUAUGAGCAUAAAGCAAAACCGAGAUCCUUUUGUGUAUCCUCAAGUUGUAAAGAUUAUCAGAGCAGAUUCUGCCGACGGUUCUUAUGAUAAUGACGAGAACCUUCCAACAUACGAUGACGACGACGAUAUGAGCGAUGAUGAGUUUGCAGAUGAAGAAACUCAUGAUGGUUCAUCAACAUUUCCAGCUGAGAAUAUUACAGAUAAUGAAGAAGGUGUGGCUUUAAUACCUGAUGCUAAGAUAAACAUUGUUGAUAGUGCUGAAUUUGAAGGCGUCUCUGGUUAUGACGAAGACAAAGAUGAUGAACAUGAUCACAUGGAUGAUGAAUAUAGCGAGGAUAUCUUGCAAGUAGAUCAGUCGGAAAUUUCCAAUGAUCUUAAGACUUUAUCUUCAAUUCAACAUGCUUUGAGGGAAUCCAACAAUGACACAAAUGGACGCAGGUGGUCUCAAGUUCGUAAGGGCACAAAAAUUAUGGUUCAAGUUGUCAAGGAAGGAUUGGGUACCAAAGGUCCAACACUUAGUCCAUUUCCAUGCCUGCGAAGCCGAUUUUGGAUAUUGGUUUCCCGUGGUAACAAAGUUGGAGUGUCAAAAAAAAUUACAGGUAUAGAGCGCACCAGGUUAAAGGGCAUCACGAAAUUAUUGCGACCUCCUGGCUUUACUUUGACUGCUCGUACAGUCGCUGCUGGUCAUUCUUGGGAGGAAUUGCAGAAGGACCUUGAUGGCUUGUUAUCUACCUGGAAAGGAAUAACUGAGCAUGCUCAAUCUGCUGCCUUAGCUGCUGAGGAGGGCGUGGAAGGUGCUGUUCCUGUAAUGUUGCACAGAGCGAAGAGUCAGGCUCUAUCUGUUGUUCAAGAUGAUUUUAAUGAGAAGGUCAAGAGACUGGUUGUGGAUUCUCCUCGAACGUAUCAUGAGGUUACAAGCUAUCUCCAAGAAGUUGCACCUGAGCUCUGCAAUCGAGUUGAUCUUUAUGAGAAAAAAACACCUAUAUUUGAUAAAUACAACAUUGAGAAGGAGAUAGACAAUAUCCUCUGCAAAAGGGUACCACUACACAAUGGUGGUUCGCUAGUCAUAGAACAGACUGAAGCUCUGGUUUCAAUUGAUGUGAAUGGCGGUCACAGUAUGUUUGGUCAGGGAACAUCACAGGAGAAGGCUAUUUUAGAAGUCAAUCUUGAAGCUGCAAAGCAAAUUGCCCGUGAGUUGCGCUUGAGGGAUAUUGGUGGUAUUAUUGUUGUGGAUUUUAUUGAUAUGACAGAUGAUUCGAACAAAAGGCUAGUUUAUGAAGAAAUGAAGAAAGCAGUAGAAAAGGACCGGUCAACAGUUGGUGUUUCAGAAUUGUCAAAGUUAGGUUUAAUGGAAAUAACUAGAAAAAGGGUUCGGCCAAGUGUUACUUUCAUGAUCAGUGAGCCUUGUCCAUUCUGCCAAGGUACUGGCCGUGUGGAAGCUCUUGACACCUCCUUUUCGAAGAUAGAACGGGAAAUAUGUCGACGCCUUGCUGCCUCCCGACGAAAAUCAGACCCUGAGAAACCAAAAUUGUGGCCAAGAUUUGUGCUUAGAGUGGAUCAUGAGAUGUGCACGUAUUUGACAUCAGGAAAGAAGACAAAACUAGGAGUUCUGAGCAGCUCCCUCAAAGUGUGGAUUUUGUUAAAGAUCGCCAGAGGUUUUUCCCGGGGCGCUUUUGAACUGCUACCAUACUCAGAUGAGAAGGAAAAUGAUGAGCAGAAAGAAACGUCAUCUGAGUCACCACCGAAAGAAGGAAGCCCCAAACUGUCUGUUUUUCCUAUCAAGAAAUGGAUGAGCCGUGCAAAACGAGCGAAGUGAACCUCUUGCAAAAGCGACGUUUUUUAUUGGCAUGCGUUCUUCCUGGUUUCUCCCAGAUUAAAACGAGCACAAAAUUUGAGAAGAGGUGUGAUGCUUUUCAUUUGUGGAGAUCCCGACAUUGGAUAUCCAUAUAACCUCUUGACCAACUUUGUUUACAAUUUUUCGUUUCAGUUUUAUGAUGCAAAAUAUCUAGGUUUUAGAACGGAAGAAAGAGUAGGAAACGUAUUUAGGAGGGAAGCUAGUAUGAGAAUCUGUAGGAGGCACUGUCAGGGGAGAUUCUAGUAGCGUAGCUUUUCUUUUCUUUAGAGAAGUUAGUCUUGUGAGACUUUUCUGCAAUAACAAUGAUUUCUUAUUCAUUAUCAA